AUGCUCAGUUCUAACUGCGACCGUAGGUGUCGCAUGGUCGAAAUAGGCAGGGCAGGCUGCAGAUGGAAUUGUCAGCAGUCGUUGGCCAUGCGUCGACCAGAGUCAAUUGCUGACAAUUCCAUCUGCAGCCUGCCCUGCCCUGCCUAUUUCGACCAUGCGACUCCUACGGUCGCAGUUCUCAUUCUUCUUGCCGCUUUUACAGUCACCGAUCAUCGCCACCCCCCUACGAGCCUCUCUUUAAGUUAUCUUGCCACACAUUCCGAUUUUACAGCCACUGAUGAUCGCCGCCCCCGUACGAACUACUGUUUGGCUAGCCUUGCCACUCAUUCCGAUUUCACAGUCAUUGAUCAUCGCCGCCCCCGUACGAACUACUGUUUGACUAGCCUUGCCACUCAUUCCGAUUUCACAGUCAUUGAUCAUCGCCGCCCCCGUACGAACUACUGUUUGACUAGCCUUGCCACUCAUUCCGAUUUCACAGUCAUUGAUCAUCGCCGCCCCCGUACGAACUACUGUUUGACUAGCCUUGCCACUCAUUCCGAUUUCACAGUCAUUGAUCAUCGCCGCCCCCGUACGAACUACUGUUUGACUAGCCUUGCCACUCAUUCCGAUUUCACAGUCAUUGAUCAUCGCCGCCCCCGUACGAACUACUGUUUGACUAGCCUUGCCACUCAUUCCGAUUUCACAGUCAUUGAUCAUCGCCGCCCCCGUACGAACUACUGUUUGACUAGCCUUGCCACUCAUUCCGAUUUCACAGUCAUUGAUCAUCGCCGCCCCCGUACGAACUACUGUUUGACUAGCCUUGCCACUCAUUCCGAUUUCACAGUCAUUGAUCAUCGCCGCCCCCGUACGAACUACUGUUUGACUAGCCUUGCCACUCAUUCCGAUUUCACAGUCAUUGAUCAUCGCCGCCCCCGUACGAACUACUGUUUGACUAGCCUUGCCACUCAUUCCGAUUUCACAGUCAUUGAUCAUCGCCGCCCCCGUACGAACUACUGUUUGACUAGCCUUGCCACUCAUUCCGAUUUCACAGUCAUUGAUCAUCGCCGCCCCCGUACGAACUACUGUUUGACUAGCCUUGCCACUCAUUCCGAUUUCACAGUCAUUGAUCAUCGCCGCCCCCGUACGAACUACUGUUUGACUAGCCUUGCCACUCAUUCCGAUUUCACAGUCAUUGAUCAUCGCCGCCCCCGUACGAACUACUGUUUGACUAGCCUUGCCACUCAUUCCGAUUUCACAGUCAUUGAUCAUCGCCGCCCCCGUACGAACUACUGUUUGACUAGCCUUGCCACUCAUUCCGAUUUCACAGUCAUCGAUCAUCGCCGCCCCCGUACGAACUACUGUUUGACUAGCCUUGCCACUCAUUCCGAUUUCACUGCCAUCGAUCAUCGCCACCCCCCUACGAGCUUCUGUAUAAGUUGCCCAGCCAUACGUUCCGGUGUACCAUUGCUACCAGAACCUAUUAUAAGGGAGAGGGGUUUUAGUUGGUAGGUCCUCCUGUUAGGGAAUCCAACACUACCCAGUCGUACGGUCGGCGGGGUGUCUUUCGAAGAUUUCCCCUCUUCCACGAAAACAAAAAACAAAACGAUGCAGUGACUUUUGCUGGUGUUCUCAGAUGGACAGAAUAACAAUAUUCUACUACCCACUAAUUUGGAAUUGUUUACAACCCCUUUUCUUCAAAAUUCAGUGUUCUGCAUCAAUUUCAAUCUGAACACGUAAGUUGCUACAAC